AUGGCAGGGGUCAAACACGGAGACCAAAGGCGAGGAAGUCCACAAGCGGUGGAGGGUGGCGAGGUGGAGGUCAGUUGCCUAGUUCCGCGGUCUUGCCUGGCCGCGGUCCGGCGCUGGUACCGGGACCGCAAGGAGCUGAAAGAUACCAGGUUGCUGAUUGCGGGCGAGGGGCGGGACCUGAGGAGGAGGGGGACAGGACAGGAAGUCCAGACAGAGAAUGUGACCGUGGCUGAGGGUGGGGUGGCUGAGAUCACCUGCCGUCUGCACCAGUACGAUGGGUCCAUAGUUGUCAUUCAGAACCCAGCCCGGCAGACCCUCUUCUUCAAUGGCACCCGAGCCCUGAAGGACGAUCGCUUCCAGCUUGAGGAGUUCUCCCCACGCAGGGUGCGGAUCCGGCUCUCCGACGCCCGCCUGGAGGACGAAGGGGGUUACUUCUGCCAGCUCUACACGGAGGACACCCACCACCAGAUCGCCACGCUCACUGUACUGGUGGCCCCGGAGAAUCCGGUGGUGGAGGUCCGGGAACAGGCGGUGGAGGGUGGCGAGGUGGAGGUCAGUUGCCUAGUUCCGCGGUCUCGCCCGGCCGCCGUCCUGCGCUGGUACCGGGACCGCAAGGAGCUGAAAGGAGUGAGCAGCCAACAGGAAAAUGGCAAGGUCUGGAGAGUGAUGAGCACAGUGCGCUUCCGCGUGGACCGCAAGGACGACGGUGGUAUUGUCAUAUGCGAGGCGCAGAACCAGGCACUGCCCUCUGGCCACAGCAAGCAGACGCAGUACGAGCUGGACGUGCAGUACUCCCCCACUGCCCGGAUCCACGCCUCCCAAGCUGUGGUGAGGGAGGGAGACACGCUGGUGCUAACGUGUGCAGUAUCCGGGAACCCCAGGCCAAACCAGAUCCGCUGGAACCGCGGGAACGAUUCUCUGCCAGAGCGGGCCGAGGCUUUAGGGGAGACGCUCACGCUGCCGGGGCUGGUAUCAGCGGAUAAUGGCACCUACACUUGCGAGGCGUCGAACAAGCAUGGCCACGCGAGGGCGCUCUACGUGCUUGUGGUCUACGACCCCGGUGCGGUGGUAGAGGCUCAGACAUCGGUACCCUACGCCAUUGUGGGCGGCAUCCUGGCGCUGCUGGUCUUUCUGAUCAUAUGUGUACUGGUGGGCAUGGUCUGGUGCUCGGUAAGGCAGAAGGGCUCCUAUCUGACCCAUGAAGCCAGUGGCUUGGACGAGCAGGGAGAAGCAAGAGAAGCCUUCCUCAAUGGCAGCGACGGACACAAGAGAAAAGAAGAGUUCUUCAUCUGACCCCACCUGCACCGCAGGCUUGGGCCUGGCCUCCGGUGCCCCGCACUGCCAGCCGCAAGGAACCAGCAAAGACAUUU